UAUCGUGCCACGAACGAGGCCGCAGCCUUCGUCAAACAUAAUAAUGAAGCAGAAGCAGAAGCAGCAUCAGCAAAAAGUUUGGGGGAGGCAGGGCACUGACCGGCGCGCCUUCCCUCGCCUUGGCGUGUGUCGUCGCUUCUCUCCUCGUCGGCGCCUUCAUCGUCCACAACAUCAACAAGACUCUGCCUCUGGUGAAUUCUCACUCAUUUGUUGAGGCAAGCGAGGCGAUCUUAAGUAGCGAGUUGGAUCGAUUGCCUGAUUCGAUCUCUGUAGUGGACUGCUUGUUCGAUUUUACUUUGUUUUUGAUAUACACAACGAUAGAAGCAAGAGGUAGAAGGGUGUCUUUUUGGCCGGUCGGAUCCAGAGGAGAGCAAUAAUGUUGGGCCUGAGGUUUCCCAGGCCAAAGAGGUCUCCAUGGGAGCUACUCCGAUCUGCUCUCUUCUCUUGCGCUCUCGUUCUAAUCUCUCAAUUCGCUCUCGCAUCGGUCCCCUGGCUUUUUCCUUCCAUCUCCCUCCUUGCUAUGCUCCCGAUUGCAGCUUUGGUUAUGGCGGUGACGAUUCUCUUGGGGAGAUUUUGGAGGCGUCUAUUUGAUGUUUCUGCAUCUGCUCCGGCUCUCGUCCUCUUCAAUCUACUGUUCAUGUGGGGAGUUUAUAUUACUGUCAUUAGAAAAGCCGUCCCCUCGUUACUGGAUGCUGUUCUCAAUGCUGAGUGUGCUUUGCUAUUGUAUGGUCUUUAUAGAAUAUUCUCUAGUGAUCCUGGAGCAGUUUCAUUUAGCUCUUCCACUGUUGAGUCCGGUCAGAAUGAAUUUGAUACUCUAAAUGUUCAAUUCGAGCAGAACUCCCCAACACUUUCAAGGGUUAGAUAUUGUAAAAACUGUAAGACUGGUAUUAAGGGAUUUGACCACCAUUGUCCUGCUUUUGGGAAUUGCAUAGGGCACAAAAAUCAUCGUUUAUUUAUUAUUCUUUUAGCUGGAUUUCUUAUUGCUGAAUCUUCCUAUACAAUGAGUUCGACCAAGUUUCUCACCAAAUCUGCUGAUGCACAGAGGAUGGAGAACAUCCUUGCUAGCAGCUUGGUCAUCAGUACAAUGCUUUUCUGUAUCCUCCAAGUGCUAUGGCAGGUUGUGUUCCUGAUAUGGCAUAUUUACUGCAUUUGUUUCAACAUCAAAACAGAGGAAUUAAUUGGAAGAGAUAUCCUGAAUUCCAACUUAUGAUUGAACCUCAACCAGGAAGUCCUUUUGGGGAGACCAGGUUCACUAAUCCAUAUAAUAAGGGUCUGCUUGGUAACAUUCUAGACUUCAUAAAAUCAAAGAGUUAGACAUCUGAAAUUAUCUGCCUUUCUUAAUCUAUUACAUUGUUAUUUUGUGGGAGAGUCUUGCAUCCUCUUUCUGAUAUCCAGUGCUGCUGCUUGAAUUCCACUGGCAUGGUAUUAAUCUCCAAUUAAGAACAUUAUAGUUAAGAUUCAUUGCAAUGACCAAAGGCAGAGUCGCCCUCCCAUCAACUACUUGUCCUGCUAUGAUUCUCAAACAGCAUAGUGAGAAUUUUGUUCCAUACUCAAAUUUGUGACGCUUUUAUUGAUACUUUAAUUUCUGGAAAGAUGUGGAUACGAAAUGUUUAUCUGUGUAAGAAUCAUGGCAAAUUCAGUAUUAUUUCAGUUGUUUCUA